CUGAGUGGAUGGCGGCGUCAAGGUUUUCUGCCAAUCAGAAUAUCGGUAUAGACAGUUGUUUUCAGUGGAUCGUAUAAUAAAUACUAACCAGAGAGAGGUUAAGUAAGUGUAACAAUCUGAUACCUCUGAUAAAUCUCUGGUAAGUAAUAAUUAUUUAUUUCAAUAGAGUUUUUGUCACUUCAGUUUUAUAUACAUAAAAUAAGGCUACGAAUAGACAUAUUAUGAACAUAUUUUUGUAUUGUGUGCAUAGUGUAAAAUGUCUAAUAGGUGUUGUGCUCCAAGAUGCACCAAUUCUAACAAGAACAGAUAUGCCUUGACUAAGUUAGGUGAAGAUCCUCAACUAAGGCAGAAAUGGAUUGAUGCUGUGGGAAAACCAAAUUGGCAACCUCCAAAAUUAGCUGUACUGUGUGAAGUUCAUUUCCAUCCAUCGGCAGUAUACUGUGUAGGGAAACGAAAAUUCAUUUCAAAAAAUGCGGCACCAACAUUUUUCUGUAAAUGUGACAUCAUAGAUGAACAAAAUCUAAUUAAUCAUCAUUAUUCUUUAAGAUCAAGAUAUUAUACUAAAAAAUCUGAGUUAAAGUUAAAAAGAGAAAAAAAAUCGGGACAGUUUAUGCACAAUAAAAAUUGUUGUAUAAAACAAUCUCCUUUAGAUAUAAAAAUAUCAGAUCAAUCAAUAAAAGCAGGAUGUACAAAGGAACAGAAGAUAAAAUUAAAACGCUCACAAAUUAAUCCUGAUUACGAGACAAUUCCAGUAAAGUUAAAUAACAUUAUGCAAGAAAAUGAAGUUUUAAAGGAAAGAAUUCAUUGCUUACAAGAUGAUUUGAUGCAUCUAAAAUCGUUUAGAUUUGAUAUAAUGCACUAACAUUAUUAACAUUAUAAUAUUAUAAAUAUUAUAAUAUAAAUAUAAUAAAUUCUGUAAAUAUAAUUAUGUACAUAUUUCUCAAUUAUAUAUAAUUGUAUAUAAGUAUACAAAUUGUGCAUAAAACGUUUUAAUUUGAAAAAUGUAACAGAAUUCACUUUUAUAAAUUUGAUAUUUCUUUUGGAGUGUUGACAAUAUCAGCCACAUAAACAAAUUAACUUAAAGAUUCCCCGCAAAUGUGAUUUGUAUAAAAUUUUUCAAUUAUUUAGUUUUAGAAUGUUACAAAUAAUACUUAUGUGUAUUAUAUCUUAAACAUUAUAGUUUAAGCUGGCUUGUUAGCAGCAAACUCUUAUAAUAAUAAAAUAAUGAUUAGCAAUAUAA